AUGGACGUCGCGGAGACGUCUGCUACUGACUCGCUUGAAAAGCAUUAUGCUGAAUUAGCAGCAAAAACUGCAGCUGCAAUAGCUGCUGAAGGACCACCACCUGCUUUUAAUAAUGGAUUGUCUAUCCAACCUACUCUUGCUCCAUUGCCACGCUAUCAUCCACCACGUCCUAAAAUACAACGAAGAUAUCUGGAGUGCCGUAUGUUUUUUCCCACAUCGGGUCACAAAGGCUUUGAUACAAUCAAAUUAUCUGAUGAAAUUCCACCAAUUGAAAUAGUUCAUGAAAUGAUUCUCUAUGAAACACGUCUUCGUUUGUCUGAUUCAAUUCAAGAACUCAUGGAUGAGUACCAUACUGAUGGGACUGCUGUCACUUUCGUGCACGAUCUCAUUCAACAACAUGUUAUAGAAUAUUUCGGCUAUCGAGAUGUCAAUGCACUACGUACAGCUGUGUUUCGCUUUCCAGAUGACCCAGUCGUCCAAGCAGCCUUUUACGUCAAACACAACAAAAUUACACAAGGUUUAGUCAGUCAGGGACAAUGUGCUCGUGAUAUCAAUUUGUAUGCUAUUGAUGGUCAUCCUACUACUCUUUUCUCAUAA